GCAUGAUCCUCACUACCAUAAACCCUCCCUCCCCAACACCCCUUUUUUUCUCGCUAGCAACUUAGGUAGUCGAAAUCCAGGGAUCCAAAUGAGAUGAGAACGAAAAUGAAAGUUUUGUGUGUGUGCAUGAGAGAAGUGAGAGAAAAGAGUGCGUCUUGUGUGUGCUUGCAUGUGUGUAUGAACUUGAAUCUCAAAUGUGAAAACAAAAAACGACCAAGGGAAAACAGACAAAAUAGGGAAAGGGUGAAACAUAAAAGGAACAGAAGGGAAAGAGAAAAAAAGACACCAAAAAAAUCCAAAGGUUCAUCUGUGCAAUAUGCCUCUUUUUAUCUAUCUAUGGCUUUAUGGGCCCUUUUCCACAUAUUUCAGUUUUAUCGUACAGUUGUUUCUAUGGAAUGAUGGAAUAAUUAUUUCUUUCUUCUCCCUGGCUCUGUCCUUGUCCAUAUUUCUGUAUCUCUCCCCCCCCCCGCCCAUGUCCAUUUCUAAAUAAUUCUGUAAAAAUAAAGGUGGAUGGAUUAC